ACGGCGGGAGAUUUGAAAGGGCCUCAGCGGGGGGAGGGCCUGGCAGGUUCAGUCGUUUGCCCGGGGCCCGGAAGGUGGCCGUGCUCGGGCUCCAGCCCUGUUUCCCUUGUCUGCCCAGCUCUCCUCCCCCCUUUCCCUCCCAGGAUGGCCCAGAAGGAGAACGCCUACCCCUGGCCCUACGGCCGGCAGACGACUCAGCCUGGCCUGAACACCCUGCCCCAGAGGGUCCUCCGGAAGGAGCCCGCCACCCCAUCGGCGCUCGUCCUCAUGAGCCGCUCCAACACCCAGCCCACAGCCCCUGGCCAGAAGGUGGUAGAGAACAGCAGUGGGACCCCCAACUUCUCCAUCAGGCGAUCCUUCACCAUCGAUGACUUUGAGAUUGGGCGUCCUCUGGGCAAAGGCAAGUUUGGCAACGUGUACCUGGCUCGGGAGAAGAAAAGCCAUUUCAUCGUGGCGCUCAAGGUCCUGUUCAAGUCUCAGAUAGAAAAGGAGGGUGUGGAGCACCAGCUUCGCAGGGAGAUCGAAAUCCAGGCCCAUCUGCAGCACCCCAACAUCUUGCGUCUCUACAACUAUUUCUACGACCGCCGAAGGAUCUACUUGAUUCUGGAGUAUGCCCCCCGGGGCGAGCUCUACAAGGAGCUGCAGAAGAGCCGCACUUUUGACGAGCAGCGAACAGCCACGAUCAUGGAGGAGCUGGCGGACGCUCUGUUGUACUGCCACGGGAAGAAGGUGAUUCACAGAGACAUAAAGCCAGAGAAUCUGCUCUUGGGGCUCCAGGGAGAGCUGAAGAUCGCCGACUUUGGCUGGUCUGUGCAUGCCCCCUCCCUGAGGAGGAAGACGAUGUGUGGCACCUUGGACUACCUGCCUCCAGAAAUGAUUGAAGGGCGCACGCACAACGAGAAGGUGGAUCUGUGGUGCAUCGGGGUCCUUUGCUAUGAGCUGCUGGUGGGAAACCCGCCCUUCGAGAGCGCCUCACACAAUGAGACCUAUCGACGCAUCGUCAAGGUAGACCUGAAGUUCCCCCCAUCCGUGCCCACGGGAGCCCAGGACCUCAUCUCCAAGCUGCUCAAGCAUAACCCCUCCGAACGGCUGCCCUUGGCCCAGGUCUCAGCCCACCCUUGGGUCCGGGCCCACUCUCGGAGGGUGCUGCCUCCCUCCGCCCUUCAGUCUGUCCCGUGACUUGUCCCUGUCAUUCAUUCGGUUGUGUCUGUCUGUAUGCCUGUAUCUGUGUAUUUGGAAGGAGGGGUACCCGGCCUGUUCCUCUGUCUGUCUUCUACCUCCUUUUUAUUUAAUAAAGGCUGAAGCUUUUUAUACA